AUAUCCACUCUCAAAUUAAUUCAGAGUCUCAUCUCACAUAUAUCCUCAGAACAUAACUAAGCUUCUCAUUAAUUUUCAAAGCUCAAAAAAAUGUCAACUACAAUUGAAAUCCCAGAGUCAAGUACUAAAGUUGCCAAGGGAAAAGGUGUUGUAGUUGUUGCACCAGCAAGGCCAGGAGGAUGGAAGAAAGGGGUGGCAAUAAUGGAUUUCAUUCUAAGGUUAGGUGCUAUUGCUGCGGCUCUUGGUGCUGCUGCCACUAUGGGAACAAGUGAUCAAACACUCCCUUUCUUCACUCAGUUCUUUCAGUUUGAGGCUAGUUAUGAUAGCUUCACUACUUUUCAGUUUUUCGUUAUUACAAUGGCUCUAGUGGGUGGCUACCUUGUGCUAUCCCUACCUUUCUCUAUUGUAGCCAUCGUUCGCCCUCAUGCAGUUGGACCACGGCUUUCCCUCAUCAUCUUAGACACUGUGUUUCUUACUCUAGCCACUGCUGGUGGUGCUUCAGCUGCUGCCAUAGUUUACUUGGCACACAACGGGGAUCAGGACACGAACUGGUUAGCCAUAUGCAACCAAUUUGGUGACUUCUGUGCGCAGACCAGUGCAGCAGUUGUCUCAUCCUUGGUUGCUGUGCUUGUCUUAGUAUUGCUGAUUGUCAUGUCUGCUUUGGCUAUUGGGAAGCCUUGAAAAUUAUUAACAUGCAUACGGGGCCUUAAUUAAUUAAGUUAUAUGUACUAUUACAAUUAUCAUAUAUCGUGCAUGUUUAUAUUCUGUUUUGCAAGUUUUUCUUAGCUUGUGAGGUUUUAAUUUCCUUGAAGUAAUUAAUGAUGUGCCGAAUUGAUGAUUACUUGUAUAAAUUUGGUCAGGUGUUAUUGCGUAUGGAAUAUUUUAAUUACACUCUGAUAUAUAUACAUGUUUGAAGCUUUGAUGUGCUUA